AACAGGUUUCCCUUGCUACACAUUAUCAAAGACCGCAGUCCAGCUGUCCUUCGUCAUGGACUUCUCCCAUGAGAAUUCAAACCCUAACCCUAGUUACACCUUCUUUCCUGAAAGCUUCGAUCCGAUGCCCGAGUUUGAGUUAGCGGAUUAUCUUAUGCUCGAUGAUUGCCCCUUCGAGGAAGAUACGUCGUCGCAAAGUAUGGCGUCGUCGGAGAAGGGCAUGGGCGGCGCUAAUGGAUUUAGUGGUGCAACAUCAAGAAAUACUAACAUAAUAUGUAAAAGUGGAGUGAGGAAAAACAAGCUGGAACUGGGGAAUCGAGUUGCAUUCAGAACAAAAUCAGAGCUGGAAGUCAUGGACGAUGGAUAUAAAUGGAGGAAGUACGGGAAAAAGUCGGUGAAGAACAGCCCGAAUCCAAGAAACUAUUAUAAAUGUUCAAGUGGAGGAUGCAAUGUGAAGAAGAGGAUAGAAAGGGACAGAGAUGACACAAGUUAUGUGAUAACCACGUAUGAUGGUAUCCACAAUCAUGACAGCCCAUACAUGGUUUACUAUAAUCAAAUGCCCAUCGUGGCUCCCAAUGCUUGGAACCUGCGAACUUCUCCUCCUUCUUCUUCUUCUACAUGAAAAAAUAAACUUGGAAGCUUCUUCUUCUUCUUCUUCUUCUUGUCAUGUUUCUUUAACAUGGCCAUGUACUUAUAACAUAUAUUUUACAUGAUUUUAUGUGUAUUAUACAUAUAAAAGAUACAUAUAAAAUAUGCUCUUUGAGAGCGAUUAGGCUAA